AAUGAACCCCUCCCAUGUUUCUUCCAACUUGUCCACUCCUUUAACAUAGAACACUACUCAUAAAAAGAGAGGAGAGGAAAAGGAAAGAAAAUAAAAGAAAAGGAGGGGAAAAAGGGUGAGAAGCUAAAAGAUGACAACCACUAUGAAUCUCAGUAAGGUUGAUCAAGAUCACAUGGUUCUCCUCUCUCAAUUGUACCCUGGUGUAUACCCACAAAUGGUUCCACAGCAAGGUGAGCCUAAACCACGACGCAGGCGAAAGAAGAACAAAGGAGGAGAAAACGGUGUAACUGUUGCCAAGAAGAGGAAACUCAGGGCUGAUCAGGUUAAUCUUCUUGAGAUGAAUUUUGGUAACGAACAUAAGCUGGAGUCUGAGAGGAAGGAUAAGCUUGCUUCAGAGUUAGGACUUGAUCCCCGUCAAGUUGCUGUUUGGUUUCAAAACCGAAGGGCUCGCUGGAAGAACAAGAAACUUGAGGAAGAGUACACUAAGUUGAAGACUGCCCAUGAGAGUAAUAUUGUUGAGAAAUGCCGUCUUGAAUCUGAGGUUUUGAAGCUUAAGGAGCAACUUUCAGAAGCAGAGAAAGAGAUUCAACGAUUAACAGAACGUGUUGAUGGGGUUUCAAGUAAUAGUUCUAGUUCAACUCUGUCGAUGGAAGCCAUGGACACACCAUUUCUUGGAGAAUUUGGGAUGGAAGGCUAUGGGGAUAUUUUUUACAUGCCAGAAACCAAUUACAUUCAUGGCAUGGAAUGGUUUAAUCUCUAUGUGUAACUAGCUUAAUUAAUUUUAGCUUAUGUAGAUACUAGUUAAUUAAGUAACAAUCCAAUGUAAAUUUUAUCUAUCUAGUGCUUAAUUAUUAUUAUUA